AUGAAAAGAAAUACAAUCACUAAACGUAGACGGAUGGAAUCAGAUGAGGGCGGUCUUGUUGAAAUUGAACGAUUUAAAAGCUGUUCCCGAACGUAUAUUGUUAAGAACAAGGAAGAAAUAAUAGACUACAAUGUAUUUUUUAAUUAUGUUUCUGAAAUGUUAAUUUCUAGGUUAACACAAUCAAGCCAGCAGUCAGCAAUUAAAUUAAAUUUAUAUGUUGAUAGCACGUAUGAACAACUAUUAACGGAUGAAGUACAAGAUAUGUCGUUUAAAACUUCAAACGUAUUAGCAUCUAAAUCAUCCAAUUUUAAUAGUUUAUUAAACAAAAUGUUUAACAAACUAUUAUCUGAGGAAGCACAAUUUAUAUCAAAAAAAUCAGGCUGGUCACUUAAAUCUAUAGAUUGUUUACAAUUACGAGUUAAUAAAGUUAAUCCUCUUAAAGGAGGAAGCACAUAUUUAGAUUUACCUAGUCAUAUAAAAAAAAAAAAGCAGUUAUAA